AAGCAUUCCUAAUGUUUCGGCUAAAUUUGAAACUGAAAGCUUCUUUUUGGAGAGGAGGAAGACGUUUAUAACAGAAAUUAUACAGACGACCGGAUGGACAUGCCUUAAAUAGACACAGAAUUUUAUACUGCUUUGUGGGGUCUCUGAAUCUUCAGUACCAAGCAAAAGUAUUUUAUGUAAGGAAUGUUAUAUAUGUGUGGCGUGACAUAUCAGAUAUUAACAUUGACGAUAAAAGCGAAUAUCAAUUGCGCCUCUUUGUCUUUGCGACAAUCAGAUAAUGGUUGAGUAUGAGAAGAUGACUCGAGCCGAAAAAAACCAUCAGUGGAAAUCGUUACACUUAUUUUAUUCCUUCAUUCAUUCGUGCGCUUCCCCCAUCUGGAGAAUUAAUCAAAACUUUAUUCAAAACUAAUUCGUUAUCAUUUUAUUGGCAUACUUUUCACUUUCACUUUUAUUAACAGAAAUUUCUCGCAGUUUUCAUUUUCAUAUUUUUAAAUGGAAACAAAUAUUCGAAUUUGUUUUUCUUAAUUCAACAAUUGUGGAAAAAAUUUGUAUUGCAUUUGAGGAAAUUCGAAGAAAGCCAAAGAUUAAAAGAAAAGUACAUAAUGGAAAAGCUAAGAGAACAUCUCGUAGUUAGCCUUGGUAAUCCUUUGUUAGAUAUAGUCGCCACUGUGGAUAGCGAAUUCCUGGAUAAAUACAAUUUAAGACCGGACAAUGCAAUUUUGGCGAAAGACGAGCAUAUGAGUCUUUAUAAAGAUCUCGUCGAGAAAUACAAUCCCGAUUAUAUAGCAGGUGGUUCGGCACAAAAUACAUUACGUGUAUGCCAGUGGAUCUUGCAAAAGCCAAAAAUUGCUGCUUUCUUUGGUUGUGUGGGUAAGGACGAUUAUGCAAAUAUUUUGGAGAAAAAGGCCACGCAAGACGGACUGAGUGUGUUUUAUGAAUAUGCAGUCGAUGCUCCUACUGGUACUUGUGCAGUGCUUAUUUCAAAUGGUCAUCGCUCUUUGUGCGCUCAUCUCGCCGCAGCCAACGAAUUCACGGUUGAGCAUUUGCAAAAGCCAGAAAAUCGAGAAUUAUGGGAAAAUGCGAGGUAUUUUUACAUAACGGGUUUCUUCCUUGUCAUUAAUCCGGCAGCUGUUAUGCAAGUCGCUCAACAUGCGUACGAUAGCAAGAGCACGUUUAUGUUGAACUUAAGUGCUUCCUUCGUGAUGCAGCAAUUCAAAGAACCUCUGAUGGCUGUUAUGCCUUAUGUGAAAGUACUUUUCGGCAAUGUAGAGGAAGCUAAAAGUUUUGCACGCGCCUAUGAUUGGGAAACUAAAGAUCUGAAAGAAAUAGGCCUAAAAUUGGUGGCCUUAGAUAAGGAAAAUUGUGAGGGUGAACGUAUUGUCAUUAUCACUCAAGGUCCCCGACCUGUGCUGGCUUUCCAGGGAUGUGCAAUUAAAGAGUAUCCCGUUCAGAGAUUUACUCCUGAACAAAUAGUAGACACGACCGCGGCGGGGGAUGCCUUUUGCGGUGGUUUCCUGGCCCAAUAUAUACAAAGUAAAGAUUUAGAUGUUUGCAUACGUUGCGGUAUUUGGGCUGCAUCACAAAUCAUACAACAUAGUGGUUGUACUUUCGAAGGCAAACCAAGUUUUCGAGAGUGAAAUGUCACCCAAGUUUUCACUUGAGAGCUUCCACAGUUCGUUUUCGAAAUUUGAAUAUAGAA